AUGGAAGUAUACCAGCGGCGGGGAAAUCUUCGUUUUUUCGGAAUUAAAGAAGAAGCCGAUACGGAGGAGGAUGCGAGAGAGGUUUUGGUUGGAUUCCUUAAAACAGAGCUUGGUAUGGAAAAUGCAGACCAAAUCGAAUUCCAAAGGGUUCAUCGUGUUGGAAAACGUGUUUCUUCCAAUGGUAAACCUCGACAAAUAACCGCACGUUUUUUGAAAUACCCUCAACGUGAAGAAGUUAUGUCCAAUGCUGGAAAGCUAAGAGGAAAAAACUGGACCUUCCACGUAAAAUUUUGGAAAGAAGAAGAUGACGCAAUUUAAACAAGCGAAAAAGGACGGUAAGACCGCCUAUUUUAGUAGGGCGGAACCGGAUAAAUUGUUUAUUGACGGUGUUGAGAAAAAUCAUUUAGGCCGCAUAUACUCUCUAACUAUUCAAAGUUGUAGUUUUUUUGUUUUUGUUUUUUUUGCCAAGAACUGUGGAGCAAAACCCAGAAUGCUAAUAAUUAAGAUCAAAGAUUGCAAGGUACCAGUCAAAGGUGGCGCAAUUAGCAGCUUUGUGUUGGUUCUUUGUGGCUAUUGUUAUUUUUCGUCAUUGUUUUUCGUGUUAUUUUCGUAUUGUUUAUUUUUGGGGGCCGACUCUUUAUGAAUAGAAAAACAUGCAGGUUUCAUAUAUAUCUUCUACCGCCUUUCCGCUGUUUUCUUCAGAAAUCGAAAUAUGUGACAAUGAAACUUAAUUUAAAUUUUAAACUAUUAUCUUUGAAUGUUCGAGGGAUUCGAUCUAUUGAGAAAAGAAAAGCCAUUUUCAAUUGGUUAGUCAAAAGCAAAUCGGAUAUCAGAUUUCUCCAGGAGACGUACAGCACUUCGGAAGUUGAAUUAGCAUGGAAAUCACAAUGGAGAGGAGACGUUUUGUUUAGUUACGGAUCCGAGCAUAGUAGAGGCGUCAUGAUACUUGUAAAACGUAAAAGAGAAUUUUGA